GAGAAUGUCUAGAAAUAACAAAUUGUACAUUAUACAGUUAUAAAAGACAAAUUACAUUAUUGAAAUACAAACUUGUCAAUGAUGCAUUUAUAAAACAUUUCAACUUGGUAACAUGUUUCAGAAAUGAAGGAAAAUGUGGACCUUUCAACGGAGUCCUCAAUUCAUUUUCACUUGACACGAAGAUGAUGAAAGCGAAGACAGAGUACAAAGAUGUCGAACUGCAACUGAGAUUUCUCAGUACAGAGGAAGAAAAGAUUAAGAAAAAACUCAACAAAAUCAUCCGCGAACGUAAGAAAACGAUCUACAGCAGUCUGACGACAACAAUUGAGACAAACAUGCAGAAAUGCUAUGACGAUGCAAAAAAAAUUAAAGGACUGGGCACGCUGAGUAAAAUGAGAGAAACUAUUGUGAACCACGUACUUGGGUCAAAAAACGUCAUGUUUCAGAAAGCUAAAGAUGUUAUGUUGAAACAGCUGGAUGACUUGAUGAGGGACAUCCUGGACGAUCUGGAAAAAACGAUGCAGGAAUCAAUCGAGCUGUCGCUCAAGACUGAUGGUGUCUCAAUCCCAGACUUUACAUUGGAACUUGUGAUGGUGAAGAACCACUACAAACAACUGCAGGGAAGCCCAGAUCAAGAACCACUAAUUUGGUAAAACUGUUGUUAAAAUAUCUACAUAAUGCCUCCAGAUUGAGCUGUUCUGGAUAAUGCUAACGAUGCUUUCAUGCAGCAAAGGUCCCCAGUCUGAUUCAAACCAGGUACAUUGUGGUUUACACACUGUACAGGUCUUAGUCACCAGUCCACCAUGAUGUCCCAGAUACAUUUUGUUUUAAUGAUUUCACAUUUUUUUCUUCUUGAAUAUAUACGUUUUUUGUCCAAUUUAUCGUAGUUUAGUAUUGGUUGAUUGGGAUUGAAAUUCUAAUGAUUUUAUGGGUGUUUAACAUAAAUCCUGAACCUUGAUCACAGUACAUAGUGUAUGUUGGAUUUUCAAAGAAUGAUCUGAUGUUUUUUCUUUCUUGUUCAAGGACAAAACUUUACUACUGCAAAAUAAUGUUUUCUAAGUAUGUUAAUUCAUAUAUCAAAAAUUGGAUAGAACUAGAUGAUAGUAAUAAACCAUUCUAUCUGUUCUCUCAUUAUUUACUUAACAAUUGUUUUUUCUUAAUCUACACUGGUUCUAAAUGAAUUGAAUGUAUUUGACAUGGUAUACUGGCCAAUAAAGUUCACUUUUAAAUUGUCACAUGUA